UUGCGAUGGGUGCUUUUAUUUAUUCUUUCUUUUCUUCUAUAGGCUACUCAUUUGAACUUGUUUGCGUUUGCAGCAGGAUCUCUGCGAUGGGGGAAGAAGUUUAACCAACAGUCAGCCUUCCUGCAGGCUGAUGCUCAGUCAUUUUAAGUUGAGGCGGGGUGUUUUUUACACACAGGGACAGAGUACAGUAUGUACAGACGCCCCCCUGCUCCCAGGGUCCAUUUCACCCGCUCAUCGAAUCAUUAACCCGAACCUGGCUUCCUCGCCUUGGAUUUUAAACACCGUAAACAACAUAAUAUGCCGCUGGAUAAAAGCUGACAUUUUCUCUUUACGAGCCGCUUUUAACCGCAUCCCUGAUUUCCAGAGGAGACAGACGCCUUUUUACCCCUCCCAUGUUUCUUCGCCGGCUGACCUACUUCAGGUCCUCCUAUCAUCCCAGAGGGUGUCGGGCCUUCUCCAACCAACCAUCCACCCCUGCUUCUCAUCUAUGCCGGUCAGUCCAAAGGUUUCCACCCUGGCCUCCUCGACUGCCCCCUCCUCGCCCACCGGAUCACCCAAUCUUCACUGGUAGCACGUUCCACCCUUUUACCAUCCCGCCCGGUCGCUUCAGCGCUGCCGGUCUGCAGUCCCUCCACACCUCUGUGGGUCUCAUGAUGGAGCGUCCUAACAGAGAGCCUCCCAACAAACGGAGGAAAAGUGUAGAGGAGGGGAGAAGCGGUGAAGAAAAGGAUAGAGGAGGGAGGGAAACGAGGAGCAAAGCAAAGGAGAGAGAAUCUAAGCAGGAACACCAUCAUCUGCAUUUUAGAGGGGAUGACAGGAAACCAGAAAAUCAGUUCGUUAGAAUCAGAGAUAAACCGAAAUCUGAACAAGAGAGAGUUUGUUGGAGGGAAAGCAGCAGGGAGAAGGCUGAUGAAAGGACUAAAGGGGAGAGGAAAGGUAGCAGAGAUGAAAGUCUGAAUCAACACUCCAGAAACCCUCCCCCCAAAUCCACGUCUCGGCAGGAUCCCGUUCCAGCGCAAAGAUCCAACCCCUGGUUCAAAGGCCGGUCUGCUGAGGAGCUGGGUCGCCUUCAGGGAAAGCAAACCGGUUCAGCAGAACAUCAGAUGGUUGGAGGUGUCGGUCCAGAGGGAUGGCCAGAGCUUCCAUCCCAGCCUUCCACUCAAGCUCCAAACCAGUGGCAACCAGAAAGACCAGCAGUCAGAUGUCUUCAGAGACAGUGGGAGACCUGCAGUACAGAGCCACGGCCACCAGGGGACAGCAGAGUGUUCGACUUCUCAGUGAUGUCCUACAACAUCUUGUCUCAGGAGCUGCUGCAGGAUAACGCCUAUCUGUACCGACACUGCGACCCUACCGUGCUGCCCUGGCAGUACCGACUGCCCAACCUGCUGGCUGAGAUCCAAAAGUACAACGCGGAUAUUCUGUGUCUGCAGGAGGUCCAGGAGGACCACUAUGAGAACCAGAUCAAGCCAGCACUACACGCUUUAGGUUACCAGUGUGAAUAUAAGAAGCGGACAGGAAAGAAACCGGAUGGCUGCGCCGUCAUCUUCAAAACCUCCCGCUUCUCCCUUCUCUCCUCCACCCCGGUGGAGUUCUACCGGCCCGGCGACGCCCUCCUGGACCGGGACAACGUGGGAAUGGUGGUCCUGCUGCAGCCCAACGCCGCCGCCGCCCAGUCCGAUCAAUCUUCCUUUGUGUGCGUGGCCAACACUCACCUCCUCUACAACCCCCGCCGCGGUGACAUCAAACUGGCUCAGCUGGCCAUCCUAUUGGCUGAGAUCGGCCGACUGUCCCGCCUCCCUGACGGCUCUAGAAACCCGGUGGUUCUGUGCGGGGAUUUCAACUCUGCACCGUGGAGUCCGCUGUACCGGUUCCUGACCACGGGCUGUCUGGAGUACCAAGGGAUGCAGAUCGGACUGGUGUCGGGUCAGGAAACCAGCCCCAAAGGUCAUCGCGUCUUGACGUCUCCCAUCUGGUCUCGCAGUCUGGGAAUCAGUCAGCAGUGCCAGUAUGAGAGCAGACAGGCGAAGGCGCCUUCUCCCAGCAGCCCCACAGCUGUAGAUGGAGGAAUGUCUAACCUGACCGUAGACGAUCCGGCCUCCAGAUCCUCUGCUGAAUUCAACAGCUCAAGGAUUGAGCAUAAAUUAAGGCUGCAGUCGUCCUAUGGGCACCGCCUGAUGCCCGACGGGCGACCUGAGAUCACCACCUGUCAUUCACGCACAGCCCUGACCGUAGAUUACAUCCUCUACAGCUCAGAUGGAAAUGCAACCCCUUCACUUCCUGGUGGGCGUGGCCUCCAGCUGCUGGGCAGGUUGUCAUUGGUUGGACAGUCGGAGCUGGAGGAAGUCAGCGGUCUGCCAAACGGACACCACUCCUCCGACCAUCUUCCUCUUCUCGCCCGCUUUCGGCUGCACUGCUGAUGUUUGUGGACGCGGUCCGUCACAUGGUGCCAGCAGAACCACAGAGGGGAAAUUUAGUUCUAUUUUAUUUUAUUUUAUUUGAGGAAUUGAAAUCUGGCAGCUGGAAAUGAAGGAGGAAUUAAAUUAGAAGUAACCCCAAGAAAGAAAAAUGGUUGACUAAGAGUGUUCAAUAAUUUUAAAAAGUUUUAUUUUAACAUCUGAAAGAUCAUAAAAAUUAUACAGAAGAUGUAAAAAAAAAGCUUAUUGCUGCAGAUGGCAGCUAAUACUGUAUAUUUAAUGUGGGAUUUGCACAAAGAAUCUGCGACGGGAAGUUAAAUUAAGAGCUUAUUUAGAGAUUUGAACAUGUUUGGACAAGAUCAACCCUAAAACUCUUUAAAUUAAGAUUUUAAAUCUUAGUUUAAAAGCAGCAAUAAAGCAGCAUCAGAUUCCACGUCUCUUUUUCUUACAGCUCUGGACAGCAUGUCAACAUGUUUAGAUUAAUAAACAUCAACUUUUCUAUUAAUUAGCCUUUUUUUCUCUUUCUUAAAUUUGAUAUUUGGUUUAUUAUUCAAUAAUUCCUACCAGCCAGCAUGGAGAUGCUUAAUGUUUAGGGUCUGGUUUUAUUCCAGGAUUUUAUUUUAUUUAACAGAUGAUUCAUAAACGAGUUUUAAACAGGUUUGCUGCUGAUGAAUAACAGGAAUUAUUCAGGGGAAAGUUUGUGCUUGAAGAGCUUUAUGUGCCAAAACUAAGAAAAUCACAUUUUUCAUUGUUUUAUUGGUUUGAAUUAUUUUUAUCCCCCGAAAAAAAGGAAAUUCUGCAUGUCUGUGUUUAGAAAAUUGGAAUAAAUGUUAAAGUUCCAUUUAUGUAAGGGUUAAAUUUAUUCUAUUUUAAUGCUGUUCUUCAUCAGUGAAGGAAUAUAAACUACAGAUUGUUUGGACCAUGUGUAUUUUUCUACUCCUUUGUUUGCCUUUGUGGGGAAGUUUACAGU